AUGAUGGACGCAGGUGAUAAGAUUGUUGCUGUGGCAGCUCGGAAACUACAGGACGCUCAGGAGUUUGGAAAGAAGCACAGCAUCCCUCAAGCCUAUGGCAGCUACGAGGAACUGGCCAGAGAUCCAGAGAUUGAGGUGGUAUAUGUGGGCACCAUCAACCCAUACCACCUGCCAGUUGGCAUGCUCUUCAUGAACGCCCAGAAGAAUGUGCUGUGUGAGAAGCCUAUGGCCAUGAACCUCAGAGGGGUGCAAGAGCUGAUGGCCUCUGCUAAAAUGAACAAAGUGUUUCUCAUGGAGGCAGUGUGGACCCGCUUCUUCCCAGCCUCUCUGGAGAUUGAGCACCUGCUGUCUCGGGGGGAGGUGGGUGAGGUGAAGAUUGUAAAGGCAGACUAG